UAAUUUUUCAGAAAAAAUGGCGCCCCGGUAUGAGAUGUGUGUUGGGAUGGAGAAAGGACACAAGACUACAAAGAAUGCUCUAAAACCCAGGCCCUCUAGGUCCAAGGGAAAGGUGACUAAACACAACAAGUUUGUACGUGACCUGGUCCGUGAGGUUGCUGGGUUUGCUCCGUAUGAGAGAAGAGCUCAGGAACUCCUCAGGAUUGGAAAGGAGAAACGUUGUCUGAAGUUUCUUAAAAAGAGAAUCGGUUCUCAUGAUCUUGCGAAAAAGAAGAGAGAAGAAAUGCAGAAUGUACUUCAAGCGAUGAGAAAGAAACACGCGGCUUAGAUUAUUCGUAUUUCAUUAAUAAAUGUUUAAACCUUCA